AAUGAACUGUUUUUAGCUCAUUGAGUUAUUACUUUGUCUCAGUUGCCUAUAGCUGAGAGUUAAAGCAGAAGAGAAAAAACACAAGUUGUUUCUGUUUUUGGGGUUCAUUAAUAAGUUCUUGAAUGAAAAAAAUGAGUUUCAUGAAAGAAAGUUUGAAUCUUUUUUGUGUUUUUUCCAUUUUUUUGGUACUCAAAGCCAUAUUCUGAUUUGGGGUUUGUUCUGUUUUUAAGCUAAUCUUGAGAAAAAAAAGUGUUUCAUGAGGGAAAGUUUGUGGAUUUUUAUUGUGUUUUUGUGAACCCCAUUUGAUUUUUGUGCCCCCCAAAAGCCAUAUUCUGAUAUUUUAGGGGGGGAAAAUGAUAACAGUUUCAGACCUUUACCAUGUUCUAACUGCUGUAGUUCCACUUUAUGUAGCUAUGAUAUUGGCAUAUGGCUCAGUGAAAUGGUGGAAGAUUUUUAGUCCAGAUCAAUGUUCAGGAAUCAACAGAUUUGUAGCUCUUUUUGCAGUUCCAUUGCUAUCUUUUCACUUCAUUGCUUCUAACAAUCCUUAUGCUAUGAACUACAGGUUCAUAGCUGCUGACACUUUACAAAAAGUCAUUGUUCUUGUUGUUUUAGCUAUUUGGUCAAGAAUUAGCUCAAGGGGGUCUCUUGAAUGGUCCAUUACUUUGUUUUCCCUUUCAACUUUGCCUAAUACUUUAGUUAUGGGAAUCCCUUUGUUAAAAGGGAUGUAUGGUGAUGCCUCAGGGAGUUUAAUGGUUCAAAUUGUUGUUCUUCAAUGUAUCAUUUGGUACACUUUGAUGCUUUUCUUGUUUGAGUAUAGAGGUGCUAGAAUGCUUAUUGCUGAACAGUUUCCUGAUACUGGAGGAUCAAUUGUUUCAUUUAAAAUUGAUUCUGAUGUUCUUUCAUUAGAUGGAAAAGAACCAUUAGAAACUCAAGCUGAAGUUGGUGAUGAUGGGAAACUUCAUGUAGUUGUUAGGAAAUCAACUAGUUCAAGGUCUGAAAUAUUUUCAAGAAUGUCACAUGGUCAUAACACUGGUGGUCUUUCCAUGACACCAAGACCAUCCAAUUUGUCUAAUGCUGAGAUUUACUCUUUGCAAUCUUCAAGAAAUAUGACCCCUAGAGAUUCAAAUUUUAACCAUAAUGAUAUAUACUCAAUGGUGAAUGGGAAAAAUAAUGCAAAUAUGAGUCCUAGGACAUCAAAUUUUGGUAACUUGGGAUUUGAUGAGGAGAGUGGAUUUGGGAAGACUAAUGUAGGGUACCCUGCACCUACUAAUGCUGGGAUUUUUUCUCCGGUGACCGGAGGACCGGGGACGAAAAAGAAGGCUAAUGGGACAGAAAGUGGAAAAGAUCUUCAUAUGUUUGUUUGGAGUUCAACUGCUUCACCAGUAUCUGAAGGAGGGAUUCAUGUGUUCAGGGGAGGUGACUUUGGUAAUGAGCUUGGAAUUGGACAUCACUCAAAAGAUUAUGAUGAUUUUGGUCGAGAAGAGUUUUCUCUCGGGGAUAAAAAUAACUCCAAUGGAUGUCAUCGAGAAGAGCCGGUGCUAAAGAAGCUUGGAUCAAGUUCUACAGCCGAGCUGUUUCCUAAGACUGCUAAUGAAACUAAGGCUACUGCUAUGCCUGCUGCUAGUGUGAUGACCAGACUUAUUCUGAUUAUGGUGUGGCGAAAACUCAUUAGGAACCCGAAUACUUAUUCUAGUCUCCUUGGUCUCGCUUGGUCCUUGAUCUCAUUCCGGUGGAACAUUCAGAUGCCUUUGAUUUUUGCUAAGUCGAUAUCAAUUCUCUCCGAUGCUGGUCUUGGAAUGGCAAUGUUUAGUCUUGGUUUGUUCAUGGCGUUGCAGCCUAAAAUGAUCUCCUGUGGAAAAACAAUUGCUGCCUUCUCUAUGGCAGUGAGAUUCAUCAGCGGUCCAGCAGUCAUGGCCGCUGCCUCCUUCGCUAUUGGACUUCGAGGUGUUCUUUUGCAUAUUGCAAUAGUUCAGGCAGCUCUACCUCAAGGAAUUGUUCCUUUUGUCUUUGCAAAAGAAUACAAUCUUCAUCCUGAUAUACUUAGCACAGGGGUUAUAUUUGGCAUGUUAAUAGCCCUUCCAAUCACUUUAGUGUACUACAUUUUGUUGGGGCUUUGAUACUGAAGAGAGUAAAGCUGCAGAGAAGUUGUUAAUCUAAAAAGGAAAUGACUUUUUUGCCACUGCUUUUUUAUGGCUUCCAACAAAAUUAAAUUUAUUUUGUUGUCUCUUUAUUAUCCCUUCUAG